ACUGACACUAUCCGACCCAGGAGAAACAACCAGCCGCCAUCAUGCCAGAUCCCGUCAAAGCACCGAAGAAAGGCUCCAAGAAGGCCGUGUCCAAGAGCGUCUCCAAGACCGGCAAGAAGAAGAGAAAGACCCGCAAGGAGAGCUACGCCAUCUACGUGUACAAGGUGCUGAAGCAGGUCCACCCCGACACCGGUAUCUCCUCCAAGGCCAUGGGUAUCAUGAACUCCUUUGUGGGGGACAUCUUUGAGCGCAUCGCCGGUGAGGCUUCCCGCCUUGCUCACUACAACAAGCGCUCCACCAUCACCUCCAGGGAGAUCCAGACCGCCGUCCGCCUGCUGCUGCCUGGUGAGCUGGCCAAACACGCCGUGUCUGAGGGCACCAAGGCCGUCACCAAGUACACCAGCUCCAAGUAAACCUGCUGUCUGUACCAUCAACUCAAAGGUCCUUUUCAGGACCACCCA